AUGACAACUUCUGGGAGAUGGUUUGUUCGUUAUUCGGAUGAUAGAAAUCCACCAGACGACGUAAUCCUCGAUAUCAACAGGGGUGGCUCUGAUAUAAAUCAGGGAUUCGGGGGAAAGUACGUCUGGCUUGUCCCCCAAUGGACCCAGGAUCCUAGAGAAGCAUGUACCUACAUAGGGGUGGAUAUACGAGGCAACGCCGUUCCAAACUCCCAAGACCUUGCGGCGGGGGCAGGCGGUGACUAUCGGUACCUCGUUAUAAGAAGGGACCAGCACAUUCAGUUGAAGAUCCAAGAAGUAGCGCUGUAUAGGAAACCCAAUGAUCAUGGCGCCAUGAAUGCAGGCGAUUUAGCGCUCAUACUAGCCCAAGGCUACACUAAUUACUCACCUGACCUUAACCGGACCCGUGGGGGUGACUACUUGUACUUGAUCUGGAGGAGGGACUACGGAAACUGA